AUGGCUGGUCGUGCCCAUGUGGAUGUAAGCGAGCGUCGAUUAAAGCCAAUUUAUGAUUAUCUUGACAACAAGAACUACAGGAAGGCAGUACAAGAGGCGGACAGGGUUUUGAAAAAACAGAAAGACCUACAAUGUGCCAAGGUUCUAAAAGCCCUGGCUCUGUUACGGCAAGGCAAACAUGAUGUGAGUGGGAAACUACUGGAAGAGGUUCAUCACCAGAACCCUACAGAUGAUGCCACACUUCAGGCUAUGACCAUUUGCUAUGGAGAUAUGCAUAAAUUGGAGCUUAUUGCAAACAUGUUUGAGAAUGCGCACAAAGCCAAACCUGACAAUGAGGAGCUCCUCUCGGCCCUGUUUAUGGCCUAUGUAAGGAUGGGAAACUAUCAGAAGCAACAACAAACUGCCAUGGCUCUUCAUAAACUCAAGCCAGAGAAGAAUCCUUACUACUUCUGGGCGUUAAUGAGCAUUGUGAUGCAGGCCCACAGUGCAGGGGAAGGCAACAAGAAGAUGAUGUUCCUGAAACUGGCAGAGAGAAUGGCACAGAAGUUCAUCAGUGAGAAGAAAGUCGAAGCUGAGGCAGAGGUUCAAAUGUACCUUAUCAUCUUAGAAUUACAAGGCAAAUAUAAGGAAGCUUUGGAAGCAUUGAAAGGGCCUCUGGGCGAGAGAAUGACCAGUGAACAGAACUUUUCCUUGUCGAAGUGUGCAGACUAUCAUUUGAAGUUGGAGCAGUGGGCUGAGAUGAACUCUGUUCAUAAGAAAUUACUAUUGGAUAAUCCCGACCACUGGACCAGCUGUGAGGGUUACGUCACAUCGCUAUGUAAACUGAUCAAAAGUGGAUGGACACAGGAUGAGAAAAGUGAAGAAAGCAUUGACGCAGACUACACCAUUGAAAAAGCCUUGCAAUUCUUUAAGGACCUAAUAGCUCAGUCUGAGACAAAGGAACACCCUAUACGAGGUCCAUACUUGUCACAGCUGGAACUUUUAUGCCAGCUGAAGGAAUCAAAUAUAGAUGAUAGCUUAUGUGAUAAACCAUAUGACUUGCUAUACCAGUAUUUUAGCAGAUUUGGCCACAAGUACUGCUGUUUUACGGAUAUGAAAAAAUUCUUUGUAUUAUUGAAUGAGGAAGAAAGACAAAAAAUAAUAGACACGAUAGGAAAUAAAUAUGGUCUACGGUCGGAGGACGGUACCCUAAACACUGCCAGUGAGACAAAGGAAAUGCAGCGGCAUUUGACCUACUUGAACAUCUCACGUUAUUUAGGAAAACAUUUAGAAAUGGAUUGUGAUGCCAAACUGGCAUUGUCUAAGGAGUUGGUGAGACGGCACGAAGCUGGCCUCCCGUUUGGCGUGGGCUUGUUACAUACUGAUUACCAGCCAAGUGAUAACUACAUGCUCCUGGCCGUUGCCCUACUCCAUGAUGUGUACAAAGACAAGGGUGAAGAUAAGUACCUUUGGCAGGCUAUCGUACAGUUAGAAAAAGGUCUCAAGCAUAGUCCAUCCAAUUUCAAGUUCAAGAUACUCUUAAUCAGGUUCUAUUGUACUCUAGGUGCCUGUGACCCAGCCACAGAUGCGUAUGAAACAUUGGAAAUCAAACAUAUACAACACGAUGCAUUGGGUUAUCUUGUGAGCAACCAUGUCUACCGACUGGGUCAUUUCCUCGUCGCCUGUGCCAUAUUUGGAGGGAUGCUACGGUUCUUCACACUCAAUCAUAAAGAUACCACAGAUUAUCUCAUUUCUUCGUACAAGUAUGGCUCAUUCUCGAAGAUUCACGAGUUUGUGAAGUUCCGGGAGCGCCUUCAAAAUUCCAUCCAAUAUGCUACUGCUGCCGUGGAGAGGUUGAUGCUCGACCUUCUCUUAGAAACCGAUAGUCAUGAUGCCACUGAACAACACUUUAUAACGCUAGAGAUUGACCCGGAGAAUGAUAAGACAGUGUAUGAAGAUCUCCGUGACAAUCGAGACUAUGAUGUUGUUGUGAUACCAGAUACUCCUGCCAGGUUGUUAACUGAUGAGUUAAAGAAACAGUCAUUUGAAGAAGAGAAAGUGUGGUUAAAAACGCGGAAUCUCACAGUACGGAUGAUAGCGGCAGCUCUCCUCCUGAACGGUCCAGUAAUCAGCACAACUGAUGAGGAUGGUGCGACGGAUAACAGUCGUAUCUCGUAUAGCAACGGCGAUAAGAGCGAGAGUAAGAGUAUGCAUGAGACACUCAGAGAUCUGAUGGAGCAGAUGAAGUCUCAUCUUGGUGAGAUCAGAGAGGAGUAUGCAACGCUGCAUGAGUACCCCCUCUGUGGGCUGUUUCGGACACCGAUCUCCUCAUACCUGUCUGACUCUAUAGGGGAUGUCCUGCUGGAAUAUCUGGAGUCUGUGCUGUAUGUAUACCGGAUACAUGAAGAUAGUGCCAAAAAUGUAUCUGAAGCUGAGGAAGCAAAGCUUGGCACCCUAUUGUGCUCAAAACUAGAAAACAUCUUAGCAAAUUACCGGGAAGGGAUAUUUGUUAAAGAUAAUGAGGAAAUGAAGUUCUUACCACAGAAUCUAGAGCGAUUGGUGCUCUUUGCUGAGUUGUUCAGUCAAGUGACCCUUUUGGUAGGAUGCUGUCAUAAAUUGUUACAACCACUGAAGGGGUCACAAGCAAGAAGAGGCAAGAAGAAGCGUGAAGUCACCAACCCAGUUGAAGUGCCUGUUACCGUUACUCACCUUGGCGAACUGAUAGGGAGCUUAGACAACAUUGCUGAUGCUUACCAAGCAGUGCUACGCCAGUCGGUCACAGAUAUUUUAACAUCAGAAAUGGAUAAAUUGACUUUGAAAUGUGCUGACCCUGACUUGGAGGGUGACAGUAUACUGGAAUUAGAAGUCAUCCAGAAAGUGCUGAAGAGCUACAACCAAUCAGCGAAGGAACUAUUCGACCUUAUGAGCCGGAAAAAGGCCUAUCUUGCUUCACUCAAAGACUGAUUGUCCAGUCCGCUUUGCAAAACAGGUCCUCUGUUGUGCCCACAUAUCAACACGCAUAAGGGAACUGACUUUAAUUAAAUACACUCUUAUGGACCAUAAUCACAUGUGUAUGAUACCCAAGGUAGUUGUUAUUUCAUGCAGCAUGGGCAUCAUAUAUGUGGGUUUUUGCCUUUUCCUUAAACCCUGCAUAUAUCUUUAAACUAACUGAUAAUAUCAGAUGAAACCAGAGCUUGUAUACUGCCAUUCUUUGGCUUGAAAUGUAAAGAUAUUGUAAAGAUUUAGUCGGGGAGAAUACGACUUGUCAGUAGCAAUCAUCUGGUGGAGAUUCUGGUCAGUGUCCAGUUUCGAUACCUACCCAUUCAUGUUCCUGAAAAGUUGCCUUUUUAGGUAGAAAAUGGUCAUUGUCAUUGUGAUUUUUAAUCCGAGCUCAUCUCUUUGUAAAAGACAGUUGAUGUGAAAAAAUAUGAACGUGUCGGGAGCCUAUGGUAGCCAUCUUGUUAUCCUUGGACCAUCUUUGUAAAUAACCAAUGAAUUAACUUGUUUUAUUUAUAACGUGACUUGAAAUGGUGCCCCUUUUGUAAAGUGAUUCUUGUACAAGAGAUAUAUUUAGCACUUUGGUUCACGUCAUGAUAAUGUAGUAAGGAACUUGGUCCUUUUGUAUUGCCAUUGAUCAUGAUAUGAUAUGUUUAUAACAGUAGAAUAAUAAACUCUUAUACUGCGAAA